AUGGGAGGCUUACCUGUCAAUGGAUAUCGUAUAACCGUUUUUAGAAAUUGCAUGGAUAGGUGUGGUCUCAUGGAUUUUGGCUUUCACGGUCCUCGUUUUACAUGGACUACAAAAAGCCCGAUAUGGCAAAAUAAUAUUAAGGAACGGUUGGAUAAAGGGUUGGGCAAUGCUGACUGGAAACUGCUCUUCCCUGCUACUGAAAUUCACCACCUCCCUAGGGUUAAAUUCGACCACUGUCCCAUUAUGCUUAUCACUGACUCCUUAGCGCCAAAAUCCUCCAAGCCUUUUAGGUUUGAGCAAAUGCGGCUUACUGAUCCCACCUUCUCUUCCUUUAUGAAGGAUAGCUGGAAAACUUCCGAAACACUCCCUUCUGCUUCCUCCCCCUUGUCUAGGUUCCCCUGA